AGAAAAAAAAAAAAAAAAAAAAAAAGAAAAAAAUAAAUAAUUAUAACAAUGUGCAACGAUUAUUGCAAGAAUAUCUGGUUUAGAGUCUCAUGACGCUUUUAAGGUCUAACGUAAAACUGGAUAAAGUGUCAUCUCAGUGCAGUGCAGUGAUUAUACGUGUAAAAAUGUGGUUUCACUUAUUUCCUGUUUUCAUCAUACUGAUAUUUCGGGCGAAUCAAAUUCAAGCAGGUUACGGAGCUGGUCAAGGCAUCGAAGUGUCAACAGUCGGGUUCUACUCGGGUUCUACUCAGCACAACAUCAGUGGGUGGCCCUACUUCGAGUAUAACGUGCCCCGCAACGUGACUGCGGCUGUUGGCCAGACGGCGUUUCUUCACUGCAGAGUUGAGCAGCUGGGUGACAAGGCGGUGUCGUGGAUAAGGAAAAGGGACCUGCACAUUCUCACCGCCGGGAUACUCACCUACACCUCGGACCAGAGGUUUCAGGUUAUUCGACCCGACAAGUCCGAGAACUGGACUCUCCAGAUAAAAUUCCCUCAGGAGAGGGACUCCGGCAUCUACGAGUGCCAGGUGAACACCGAACCCAAGAUGUCUCUCAGCUACAGGCUCAACGUCGUCGAGGCCCGAGCGAGGAUCGUCGGCCCGGGCGACCUUUAUGUAAAGACCGGAAGUCUGCUGACACUGACGUGUCUGAUGUCGCAAGGACCUCACGACCUUGGGACGGUUGCCUGGUACCACGGCAGCCAUCCGGUUCUCACGUCGCCCCUGCAAGAAGGCAACGACGUCGCCUCGGUGCCACGGGUCGCCGUUGACACGGAAUGGAGCGACGCUCUGACGUCAAGAUUGAAAAUCACCCAUGCCAGACCAAGCGAUUCGGGGAAUUACAGCUGCGUACCGACUGUGGCGGAAAGCGCGAGCGUCAACGUUCACGUAAUUAACGGGGAACAUCCGGCCGCUAUGCAGCACGGAAAUACAGCCGCAGGAUCGCCGACAUCAAGGAUCAUCCUAGUUGCCGUAGUUUUCCUUCUUGGUCAGCUUAGAUAAUGUGGAUGAGAAGUUGACACCUGAUACCGGAAAAAACGCUGUAGAUUUGAAAUAGCCGAGGAGAAACAGCGGUGGAAAAAAAUUUUAUUGCAAAUAUUCACGUUGAGAAGAAACCAGA